CCUCACGGGCCCCCCGGCUGCAGCAGCGGAGCCCCCCGCCCGGGCCCCGAUGAGUAACUCCCGCAACAACCGGGUGAUGGUGGAAGGGGUCGGGGCUCGGGUGGUCCGGGGCCCGGACUGGAAGUGGGGGAAGCAGGACGGCGGCGAGGGCCAUGUGGGCACCGUUCGCAGCUUCGAGAGCCCCGAAGAGGUGGUGGUGGUGUGGGACAACGGCACCGCCGCCAACUACCGCUGCUCCGGGGCCUACGACCUCCGCAUCCUGGACAGUGCCCCCACAGGCAUCAAGCAUGAUGGAACCAUGUGUGAUACUUGUCGCCAACAACCAAUCAUUGGUAUCCGAUGGAAGUGUGCUGAGUGUACAAAUUAUGAUUUAUGCACAGUUUGUUAUCAUGGAGACAAACAUCACUUAAGGCAUCGUUUUUACAGAAUUACCACACCAGGAAGUGAAAGGGUACUUUUAGAAUCUCGUCGAAAAUCAAAGAAAAUUACAGCCAGAGGAAUCUUUGCAGGUGCCAGAGUGGUUCGAGGGGUAGAUUGGCAAUGGGAAGAUCAAGAUGGUGGAAAUGGAAGAAGAGGGAAGGUAACUGAAAUACAGGACUGGAGUGCAUCUAGCCCACACAGUGCAGCAUAUGUUCUAUGGGACAAUGGUGCUAAGAACCUCUACAGAGUUGGCUUUGAAGGCAUGUCUGAUUUGAAGUGUGUCCAAGAUGCUAAAGGAGGCUCUUUCUACAGAGACCACUGCCCUGUACUAGGUGAGCAGAAUGGUAACCGGAAUCCUGGUGGACUACAGAUUGGUGACCUAGUAAACAUAGAUCUUGAUCUAGAGAUUGUGCAGUCUUUGCAACAUGGGCAUGGAGGAUGGACUGAUGGCAUGUUUGAAACUUUAACUACAACUGGAACAGUUUGUGGCAUUGAUGAAGAUCAUGACAUUGUAGUACAAUACCCGAGUGGCAAUAGAUGGACUUUCAAUCCAGCUGUUCUCACUAAAGCUAAUGUUGUCCGAAGUGGGGAUGCUGCACAAGGUGCAGAAGGGGGCACUUCACAAUUUCAAGUGGGUGACCUUGUUCAGGUUUGUUAUGAUCUAGAAAGAAUUAAACUUCUACAAAGAGGUCAUGGCGAAUGGGCAGAAGCUAUGCUUCCUACCUUAGGCAAAGUUGGCCGUGUACAGCAGAUUUAUUCAGACAGUGACUUAAAGGUAGAAGUUUGUGGAACAUCUUGGACAUAUAAUCCUGCAGCUGUUUCCAAAGUGGCAUCAGCAGGAUCAGCUAUUAGCAAUGCAUCUGGCGAGAGACUAUCUCAACUCUUGAAGAAACUAUUUGAAACUCAAGAGUCUGGGGAUCUUAAUGAAGAAUUAGUUAAAGCUGCUGCUAAUGGAGAUGUUGCUAAAGUAGAAGAUUUGUUAAAGAGACCAGAUGUUGAUGUAAAUGGACAAUGUGCUGGACACACUGCCAUGCAAGCUGCUAGUCAGAAUGGACAUGUUGACAUUUUAAAACUUCUUUUGAAGCAAAAUGUGGAUGUAGAAGCAGAGGAUAAAGAUGGAGAUAGAGCUGUUCAUCAUGCAGCUUUUGGAGAUGAAGGUGCUGUCAUAGAAGUGUUACACAGAGGUAGUGCAGAUUUGAAUGCUAGAAACAAACGCAGACAGACUCCACUUCAUAUUGCUGUGAAUAAAGGUCACCUUCAAGUUGUGAAGACGUUAUUGGACUUUGGUUGUCAUCCUAGUCUUCAGGAUUCUGAAGGUGAUACUCCCCUCCAUGAUGCAAUAAGUAAAAAACGUGAUGAUAUCCUUGCAGUCCUUCUAGAAGCUGGGGCAGAUGUUACAAUCACAAACAACAAUGGUUUUAAUGCUCUCCACCAUGCUGCAUUACGCGGAAACCCCAGUGCCAUGCGUGUGUUACUGUCCAAACUGCCAAGACCAUGGAUUGUGGAUGAGAAGAAAGAUGAUGGUUACACUGCCUUGCAUCUAGCUGCACUCAAUAAUCAUGUAGAAGUGGCUGAACUCUUGGUGCAUCAGGGAAAUGCAAACCUGGAUAUCCAGAAUGUAAACCAGCAAACAGCACUUCACCUUGCCGUUGAACGACAACACACUCAAAUAGUCAGGCUCUUGGUUCGUGCAGGUGCUAAACUGGAUAUACAAGAUAAAGAUGGGGAUACUCCCUUGCAUGAAGCUCUGAGACAUCAUACUUUAUCACAGCUCCGUCAGCUCCAAGAUAUGCAGGAUGUAGGGAAAGUAGAUACAGCCUGGGAACCAUCUAAAAACACAUUAAUAAUGGGACUUGGUACACAAGGGGCAGAGAAGAAGAGUGCAGCAUCUAUUGCCUGCUUCUUAGCAGCCAAUGGAGCUGAUCUUAGCAUUCGAAAUAAGAAGGGUCAGUCUCCACUUGAUUUGUGUCCUGAUCCUAGCCUCUGUAAAGCACUGGCCAAGUGUCACAAAGAAAAAGUCAGUGGUCAAGUGGGUUCAAGGAGUCCUUCUAUGAUCAGUAAUGAUUCAGAAACUUUAGAGGAAUGUAUGGUAUGUUCAGAUAUGAAGCGAGAUACUCUUUUUGGCCCAUGUGGACAUAUUGCUACAUGUUCUCUGUGUUCUCCACGUGUCAAGAAAUGCCUCAUUUGUAAAGAACAAGUUCAGUCUAGGACAAAGAUUGAAGAAUGUGUGGUGUGUUCUGACAAGAAAGCUGCUGUUCUGUUUCAACCCUGUGGUCACAUGUGUGCUUGCGAGAACUGUGCUAACCUCAUGAAGAAAUGUGUACAAUGCCGGGCAGUAGUUGAACGGAGAGUACCUUUCAUUAUGUGUUGUGGUGGCAAAGGUUCAGAAGAUGCCAGUGAUGAUAUUGCAAGUGGAAACAUUCCAGUUUUACAGAAGGACAAAGACAAUACCAAUGUCAAUGCUGAUGUACAGAAGUUACAACAGCAGUUACAAGAUAUCAAAGAGCAGACAAUGUGUCCUGUAUGUUUGGAUCGUCUGAAGAAUAUGAUAUUCCUCUGUGGCCAUGGAACAUGUCAACUCUGUGGAGAUCGAAUGAGUGAAUGUCCUAUUUGCCGCAAAGCCAUUGAACGAAGGAUCCUUUUGUAUUAAAUGAGAAAUAGUGUGUUUUGUUAGCUAAACGAAAUUUAAAUGUAUUUGAUAAGGCAAUUCUAGUGAAAUGUUGUAUGAUACCAUAGCCUAUGUUCUACAUUAUAAUAACUUUGACUGAAUGCGCCAAAACCAAACAAACCACAAAACAGUAUUUGAACAGUCAUUUUAAAAUCUGGAUCAAAUCCAUGUAAGUUACAGUUAAUUGAAAACAAUUUUUUAUUACAGACUUGGCAGAGUAUGGUUUGAUUUAAAAAUGCAUUUUAUUCCUAAUUCUUUACUACUUCCAUUAAAUUUUUUUUUUUUACUAUUCAGUCUUAUCAGCCCUUAGAUGAUAUGCUUUUUUUCCUGUGUUUUCUAUAAUAUUUAACAUUAAUAAUCAUUUUUUCCCCACACUAAUCCUAACACAAAUGCUAUAAAAUUAACACCUCUUUAAAAUGCCAUUUUGCACCAAAUGAAGUGGGUAAAUCAAACGUUUACCUUUAUUUAUAUUACACACACCCAGUAAUUUAGUGUUUCAAAAAUCUUGGUGUAUUUUGAAUGUAGUUCCAAAAAAAGCUUCAUUCUGCAUUAAGACUUUUGGGACACCCACAUAAAAUCAUAAUUAUAUAAUCUGAACUUUAUAUAAUGUAAACAAGUUUGAGAAAUGUUUUGAGAGAGGAGUAGUAGUGAGAGAGUAGGAAGACUACUGAACUUAGGAAUCACAAGUUUGAAUCAGACUUUGCCAUAUACUGCCUGUGUGACACUAGGCAAGUCCUUUAACCUCAUUGGAGUUUAGUUACUUUAUUUGUAAAAUAUGAAAAUUGAAUUAGAUGAUAUCUGAGGUCCCUUUCAACUCUGGGUGUAAGAUCACAUGACUUGUACUUUAAAGACAUAGAGGUCUCAAAUUUAACUUCCAGUUUUAACUUUAAUUUCCAGUUUUUUCCCAAUUUUUCCCCAAUAAUAUGAGAAAGUAAUAUAACUGAUUAAGUUUUAUUUCUUAGAUUGUAAAAGAAAAAUCAGUCACAUAACUGUUGUUGUCAGUUAACUGAAGAGUAAUUAAUUGAUGCUCUUGUUGAAAAAAAUAAGAAUGGGCAAUCACAGUGGGGAAUUGAAGAAAAAAAUUGAGAAUUAUUUCCCUACCGCAUUGCAAAAUAGAAUUGUGUGUGUGUGUGUGUACGUGUGUGUGCAGCUUCUGGCCAUUAUUAAAAGAUACUGCCCUUCUUCUAUGACCUAUUACACUGUUAUUAAGCCUUAUAGAACAAUGUGAAUACAUUCACCCCAGUACUCCAGUUACAUAAUUACCAAUUGGUUUUGAUCUGACCAUUAAGAAGAGUGGUUGCUUCUUUUAUAAACCACUGAGUUUUCUUUUAAUAUGUUAACUUUUCCAUUACAUUGAGAAUAAUUAAUCUUCCAGAAGGCAGCAAAUUUCUUUCUUCUUGCAAAUCAUUACUUUUGACAGUGUUGCUAAUUCUAUAUAUCUGCAUAGCUCUUAUAUGUCAUGUUAAAGUUAUCUCCCUAAGUUACUGGGAGUAUUUUUAUGAAUUGCAAGUUUUUGGAUCUCCAUAUAAUUAAUUCACUCAUUGUUGCCAGCAACCUCCAGAAAAUGUUUAAGAACAAACUAAAAAUUUGUUCAUCGUUUGGGGAAGAGAGUUGGAUUAUGGUGGUCAUUACAAGAAUAGGAAUAAUUUUUAUUGGUGACAUCAUUUGUUUGGACACUGGCUGUGUAGAAAAUCUAGUUUCUUAGUCUUUAAAUGAGCAGAAGCAUGUCAAAAAGGAAAAUGGACUGAAAUAUUUUCAGACCUUCCAUUGUUGUACAAAUGUGCAGUCAGUAGUUUAGAGUAACAAUUGGCUGACUUCAAUACUCAAGAUCUUUAUUUUGUGUGUAUGUGUGUAUCUUUCUCACACACAUGCACACACUCCUGUAAAUUUUAAAUUGUUUUAGAAAAAUACCUUUAUAUUAGCAACACUUUCCUUCUUCAAAGUUUUUCUACUAUAUCUAAUUAGAAAGUACAAAAUCUCUUAAUCUGGGGUCUAUGGAUGCCAAAUAUAUCCAAUAAUAGAUUUCAGAUGGUCUGUGAACUUUGAUGGGGGAAAAAAAAAUAUCUUUAUUUCAAUAUAACUGAUUCCUUUGUAAAUCCUAUGUAUUUAUAUAUCUAAAAGCAUUAUUCUGAGAAAUGGGCCAAGGGGUCAGUAAAAGUUAAGAAAUUUCUAUUCUACCAAAUACUAUUUCCAAAUAUCUAAGAAUUAUGUUGAUUGAUUAAGUAAACUCAUUUUGGUGAACAUGAGGACUGUAGUAAUAAUUUUAGAUUUGGAAAUAAUUUUAUUCAACAAACCUUUUCUUUGCUCCCUGACUAGUUCUGGAAUUCACUUUAAAAGCAGAAUUUUUGCCCUUUCAAAUUAUUUUCAGUACUUUUUUUUAUGGUUUUAAAAUACAAUAUUGUAAACUGCUGCCCCAAAGUUUAUAAGUUUUUGUAGUUAUUUAAUGGAUUUAUGAAUUUGUGUCAAUUAUUACAUUUAUAAAGUUAUUUUUGUGGCUAGAUAACACUUCUGUUUUGAUCAAUUGAAAGCUCUUUUGUUUUUAAUAAUUUUGGUUUUGUGAGAGAUGAUGAAUAGAAAUUAACAUGUUCUCCAGCUGUUUGAAAUUUUGGCUUCCAUUUUGUAUCUUCCAACAAUAGUUCCUAAUGAGUUAUUUCUCAUUCCAUUAACCAUCUCUUUUUAUCUUAUUGUCAUGAAGGAAAUUGUUGUUGAAAACAAUUUUCAAUUGUGUUUAAAUCUUACUUGUUGGUCAGAUCUUUAGAAAACUCUAGUUUUAGAAAAGAUGUAGUGCCAUUUAGAUUUUGUUUUGCUUUAAAAUUUUUCAGAAUCAUGGUCACAAUUGUGCCAUUUCCUUAAUUCUUAAUUUCUUCUGCAUAAUCAAGUAGUAUAUAUAUUCAGUAUCAAACUGCACUGAGUUAGGUGACCAACCUUUUUUGAUGACUUCAGCUUGAAUUCGGAAUUUCCAAACAUUAGCUAUGAAAUUGUUAUUAAAUUGAUUUUUUAUUUUGAACAUCUAUUUUGGUGGUGGUGGUUGUUGUUCCUAAUUUGAACUAGGGAAGCUGGAUCUCAAAUACUAUUAGUGUAACUUUGGUCAAUACCACUUUCCCUACUUUUGAAAUUCUGUAGGCAUGAUCUUCAUUUGUGUGUUCCUUUUCCUUCAUCACUUCCUUCCCAGCAAUCUCAUUUGAUGUUCUUUUUCAGUGCAUUUAAUACCUAUCUUUUUGUGUUUUGGGGUGUGUUAGGUUUUUGUUUGAGAGAAAAUUAAGAGAGGAUAAGUACGAUGUCAUAUUUUUACAUGUUGUAUUACCUAAUUUAUCCUAGGAUAAUAAAUUAUCCCAAUUUAUUUAGCUGGAAAUAUGUAUUUCAUUAUCAUUAAUCCUUUUUAUUCAUUCCAUUUAACAAAUUAUUAAACAUCCCAACCUUAAAUUAUCUCUGUAAGAUCUGUCAAUCACCAACCUUUCAAAAUCCAGUGAUAGAAAAAAUCUUCAUUCCUGGUAUGUCAGAAUUGUCUGAAAAUUGUUGCCAGAAUUUUAAUACUGUCACAUUCUUCUGCUAAUUAUAUAAUCACUACUGUAACUUGAUUUGGCAUUCUAUAUUUGACAUCUUCUUAGAGGUAGAUGUUAAAAUUGGCUUUGAUAAGAAAAAAGAUACCAUAUAAUUUAACAACUAUUAAGUACCUCUGUAUAUUAUGCAGAGUGCUGGGGAAAAUAGAAAAUUUAAAGAAAGCAUGAUCCCUGUUACUUAGAUAUCAUAGAAUAUGGUUUACACCUUAUCUCUUCUUACUAUGUAUUAAAAUUGUAGUUUUGUGUUAUAACACUGCCAAUUCUUGGAAUAAUAUUAGUAAGUUUAAAAUGAGAACUUACUGAAGGUGCUAUUCUUUAAGAACAAUCAUUUUAAUGAACUUGUUCCUGUUGCUGUGUACCAUAUUCAUAUCUUGUAAAAAGCAAAAAAACUUUCGUUCCCAAGAUAAAAACUCUAGUGCAAAUUAAAAUUCUUUUAGUAUAAUAUUAGUUCUAACCUACCAGUUAGUUUCAUUGGCAUAAUAGGCAAUACAGUUUUAAGGUUGGAUUAAGAUAAUGCUAAAAGUUAAAACUACAAAUUGAUAAAUUAUAGUGUCAAAGUCUAACUUUUCUAAAUUAUUUUUAAAUGACUGAUUUGGUUUGCAAGACCAUUUUUAACAUAUUUAAAUCUGUCACUUUUGCACCACUCAAAUUGUAUCAAUAUGAAAGCACACUAUCUAGGUAGCCUAAGAAGUUAAUUCUGCCAUAUGUGCACACAGUGUACCUGUGCCAUUUAGAUUGUGUAUGCUGCCAAAUGCCUCUUGCCUUGUUCAGUCAGGUUUCCUUCCUUGUUUUCAUAGGAUCUUCACUUAAACUUUGAAUAGUAAAAAAGUGGUAGGAUUUCAUAAGAGAGAUGGUAAAAUGCAGAGGAAUGGUAGAGUUUGGUGUCUGAACAUAGAAAAAAGGGAUUGUGGAGGUCUCACCAAGGUGAGCUUGUGAGAAGUAUUUAAUACCAAAAAAGCCGUUUUAAUUAAUAAAAUCAGUUUUUAUCAUAUUUUGUGUUAUGGCCUAUUGUUUUGUAAAUCACAGGCUUAAAAUGGCUUUUGAUUUGGUCCAAAAGGGAAAUAAUUAGCCCCUCUCAUAAAUAACUGAAGUGUUAACAAUAAUUGUUCAUUCUAGAGAAAUUAAAUGUUUUUCUUCUAUGUCUAUGUAAAUUAGGAAACAAAUUCUAUCAAUAGUAACGUGCUUGUGUUUCUUAAUGACUUAACUAAAAGAUUUAAAUUAUUGAUAAAAGUGGCCCUCACAAAAUGUUUUUUUGGCUUUCCAUCAGAUUGAAAACAAUGCCCUUUCCUUCACUAUUGAUUACACAUUUUCAUAGUUGUUUUGGAGGAAGUUUAAAAAUGUCUCAUCUUUGAAACAUAGUUGUUUCCUCUCUCUCCCCUCACCUCUUUUUAACCAGAAAAAAAAGUUAAGUUUCAAAGAAAAGUUUGGUUAGCUCUGAAAUUGAAUGGGGUUAUAACAUUUUCACAAAUAGAUGACUUGAUAGAAAAAGGGUAAAUAAAUAGACUCUUAAAAUCUUUGUCAAUUUAUUUUUGCUAAAACAGAAGAACCUAAUUUGGCAUUAUUCCAUAUGUUGUAAUAGGAAUACUCAUUGAUAGCAGUUGUUAAUCAUAUAGAGAUGGAAUUUUAUUCAAGUAAGCAAAAUUGUAACAGUAUUAAGAAUGAUAUUUUGUGGCUAGUUUAAAACAAUGUUUGAAGAAGCAUUUUUUGUUUGAUCUGUUUGUUUUGCUAUAGUAGAAAAAAUGUUUAGAUUGUUUGAAUUUUCUCUUUAGUGUGUGCUGGUGAAUAAUAGAAACAUGGACAAUUAGUGUUGAUCAGUUAAUGUUUCUUAACUUAAGACUUUGAAACUUUCUACCUCCUUUCUGUCAAAGUGUUAUAUUUUCCCGCAAUUCUAGUCUUUAGGUCAAAGGAAAAUGAAAGUCGGAAGCUGGAGGGUUUUGGUAGUGGUGGUGUUUUGGGAAAAACAAAACAAAACACCAUCCCCAAGACACUAUUUUGUUUUUUUUUCACUUAAGUUUGGUGCCUAAAUUCAUAAUAAAAAGUUAAAACUGAUCUUUAAAUAUAUAAUGAUAAAAUUGCCAAGUAUUAACACAUAUUGUUCUCUUCCAUUUUGUAAGCUGCUUGAAUAAUUAAUUUCCUGCAAAACAAAAUUUUUUUUUGUUUUUUUACAUCUUUUCUUCCCUCCUCACUUGUCACUUCCUUUUAAAAUUAUAACUGCAGUCAUUUAAAAUUGACUCAGGGCUUUUUAACAGUUUAAGCAAAUUCUUAUAUGUUUGUUACAUUUUUAGAAAACCCUACCCUCAUCAUUGUUUAGUGCCUUGAAAGAAUUAUUGACUUGGCAACAACCACUAGACCAUUACAGUGUGCCUGUGUCUGUCAGUAUAUGUAGACAUAUGUGUCUCAUCAUUUAGAUACUGCAUAUGUGUAUUGGGCAUUGGUAAUUCUGAAAAGGAAGUUUUGUAGAUUUGAAUUUGAAAAUUAUUUUUUAAAAACUGAUCAUUCAUGUCCAUGAAAGCUAUACUAGUAGAAUACUUCUGUUUAUAUUCAUACUAAGUCACAUGUAUGAAAUAUCUGGGGAGAGGAUCUAACUUUACAUAAUUAUGCUUGUUUAGUUUCAAAGGAGGAUUCAGUCUUUAAAUAGUGAGAUGUUCCCCUAACCCUCCCCUCCCCAAAAAGAAGUCUUUUGUGUUCUAACAUUAACAUUUUUUUAAAAGUCUGCAUGGUGUUUCUUAAUAAUCUUAUUUUGUCUUGAGUUCACAAGUUUUUCUUUUUACUAAGUUUAGUAUGCUAGUAUCAUCAAUCCAGUAUACAAUAUAUUCAGUAGAAGAUAAGUUUUAUUGACUCAUGGUAACAUUUUGUUUCCAUCUCCCUCUCUCCCACAAUUGUUAGACUUAUAUGUUCAAUGGAAUUUGAAGUCUUUUGUGUAAAUAUAGCUUAAUUUCUGUACCAAGAAUGAUUUUGUUUAUUAGUCUGAGUUUUUAAGAAUGCUUAGCAAGUUCUAAGCUUUUAAAAUUAAGUGCUAAUAUCUUUCUGUUAAUAAAGUUUUAUUAUAUAAUGUCUUAA